AAUAACAACAAGUACAAAUGCCCCUAUUGCUUGAAAGGGUUUAGCCGACCUUCAUCGGUUCGUAUCCAUAUUUAUUCUCAUACCGGUGAGAGGCCCUUUGAAUGCCCAUACGAUGGUUGUUUUCGAAAAUUCAGUGUGCAAAGUAAUAUGAGGCGGCAUAUGAAGAUU